AUGAUGUUGCCCAACAACUCCUUCUUUGGCAAGAAGACGUGUGCCGCUUCUGCACCAGUAGCAGCAACAACCGUGGACGUGGCUGUUGUGCCGCUCCGCACGCCCGUCCUCACGGCGCAAAGGCCGCCGCAGCCACCCGCUCAGCGUGCCAUACCCGCACCCGCAGCAGCAGCGGCGACAGCGCAGUCGGCUAAGGCGCGCCUAUCUCGACGACGAGACAGUGCGGAGGCGCGGGCGAGCGUGCUGGCGACGGCGCGGCACCGCCGCCUGCUGCCACUGACCGGUGCAAAGGGUUUAGAGCACGAAGUGGAGAAGGACGGCGCUGCUGCGUCGGCGGUGCGUUCGACGAGGGGAUCCGCGUUGGGGAAGUCUGUCUCGCUCUCGUCGGAGCUGCAAGUGAGCGUGGACAGUUCUGCCCCUGCGGUAGGGAGUUUGCUGGGCAACAGGGGCAGCUCUCGCUCCUCUUCCCGGGCUCCGGCAGCGCUGUCGUCGCCGUUACCCGUCAACGCGACUUUCGCCGAAGCUUCCGUCCUUGAACAUGAGGCUGCUACUGAAGCGCUUGUGCGCGCUGCCAGUCUGCACUCCAGCGGCAGUCGGCUGAGCGACAACGCUUCGCCGCCGAGUGAGGGCGAAGCCACCGUAGGUUCACUGACGAGUCUCCAGCAGCGGUUGUGGGGUUGGACGGGGGGCACGACCACGUGCGUGCCCUCCGCCACUGGACACGGUGUCGACAUGUCUGAGCCACACCGAGGACAAGGGCAGCAAAGGUGCUUCAAAACGACGUCGCGCGUAUGCACAGCACGGCGUUCUGCGAGCGCAGCAGCCUCUCCAGACAGCACCAACGUGAGGGCGGCGGCGCGGUGGAGGCGGGUGCUUGACAGCGAGCGCACUCGUGGUGAGCGAGGUAAGCGUGUUGCGCACAUCUUACUUCAGCGCCUGCUCAGCACCGUAGCAACAACGGGGCCUUUCGGCGGCGUGUUUGGCCACUUCGAUGACUUGAGCCCGGACAUGUGCGACGACGAAGUCGGCAGCGUCGUCAGCGGGGGCCACCUGCGCCCCCUCUGCGAGCGCGCGGUUGCGGCGACGUACCUCCUCAGCUCCCUCGUUGACGGUCUCCCGCGGCACCAGCAGAGUCUCAGUCCGUACAUCUACAUGCUGGUCGACUUCACGUUCGUAUCCGACACGCCAACCAACCGCGCCAUUCUGGGCGGCAGCGUGCAAGACGAGGAACUCCUCAACACCCUCGAACUGCACCGAAAGGAUGGCAGGGAUGGUGAUGACAGGGAGACGGUGGCUGCCGCCUCUGGGUUACCGCCUGCCGUGAUGGGACAUGAGUCGGCCUCGCGGCUAUGCGGCGAGGUGCACCGCGGCAGCCGCUUUCCUUGCCACAUCGAUGACGGCCUCGGCAAUGCCAAAGAUCUGUGUGAACUGCUGUACCCGAGCUUCACACGAAUGACGUACGUUGCCGCGCACUUCGACGCGGCACGAACGACCGUAGAGCUGGCCCACGAGGUGCGGUCUCUCGAGCUGCAUCAACGCAACGUGCCACGUCUGAUCGAGUGCACGCACCGGCACUGGAUGCGAUGCCUUAUGCAUGCGGUGCUGCGCGCGUGGAAGCGCUUGUGCCACGAGAGAAAGGUGCAGGAACAGCGUCAGCGCGCCCGCUGGGCGGAGCGUUGGACGUGCGUGUGGGUGCGUAUUGCCCUGCGACGCUGGCGUGGAUACGGGGCACUGACGCUGCAGAUCGCCGAGGCCGACAGCUUGGCGAAGGCCCUCCUGGCGAAGAAGCACGCCGACAUUGAGCGGCUGGAGAACGAGUCUGCAUCGAUGCAGGCCUCCUGCGCAGUCCUUCAGGACACCCUGCACCGCCAAGAUGAGGAGCGCGACGCCGUCGAGGGGGUCACUGUGCAGCGGGAGCAGGUGUACAAGAAGCUGCUGCAACAUGUCCGCGAGAUCGACCGGGUUGGAUCGCUCAUGCUGCGCUCGCUGCUGCUGCCUGACGCCCCGCCAGUUCUGGACGAAGCGACCGCCUUGAUCGGCUUCUCGGCGGCGAGCACCACCUCUGGUGAUGGUGACCGAAGUUCAUCGGCACUGUCGCUUAACGUGUCGCAGGCUAAUCUGGGCUGCUCUGCAGCGACAUCGCCCCUAUCAACGGCAAGCGACGAGUUGGUGGUCCGGCAUCCACCGCAUACACUGGUAGCACUGCCAACGCUGCUGCAGUGGGCCAAGGCAUGCGUCGAUACGGUGCAGACCGAGUACGUCUCCUACUUCCCCGACGAGGAAGACGAAGUGGAUGACGACGCCGAUGUUGCCGAGGUGGCGACCGAAGGCAGCGCCAACGAUGCCAUCACGAGUCAGGGGACGGAGGAGGCGAAGGAUGCGGUGCAGGAAAAAGUUGGCCUCCGCGACAAGAGCAUCGCUUCGCAAUCGCCACACCUGCGUCCUUCGCUGGAUGCGCCCUCCACGAGGAAGGUACCACUGCCGCGCGCGACUUGUACAGAUGGGGCGAGCAUGAAGGAAGCUACGCGCAGCCCCCUCACCGGUCUCGAGAUGCUACUCAACCCUGCCGCCGCAGAGGUGUCGGCGUCGACCACGAGAUCCAUCGCAGCAUCGGACACUGUUCUGGUGCCGCUGCACAUGAUUCUCUUGCUGAUGCGGGGCUGCUGCGGGGCACAGGAUGGAUCAAAGGUGGCUAGCCACGACAGGUACGACGCUCUCGCCACAACGACAACGACGUCCGUGACGAUCACCAGCGCGGCCGACGCAUCGCUGGCCGACGAUAGCGGUGCCGCCACUGCCACAGUCCCCUCGUGGGAUCUCGUGCGCACCAUCGAACUUGCCGACAGAGUCAUCCUGGGCGAGUGCCAUACCCUGCUCCACAAAGAGGAGCAGCUGGCCGACAUGGACGGUGACGGCGGUAGUGCAGAAGUAGCCAGUGCCACGCACGAAGAGCGCUGGCCGCCGGCCCCGUCGAACUCUGAAGAGGCCAGAGACGGCCUCGUCGGCGUGUCCGUCUCCAGUGUCUCCAUCGUGUACAGUCUCUCUUCCACCACACGAGAAAACCUGCAGCAGGUGUGCCGCGUCGUCGUUGACACGUAUGAGCAGCUCACCGGCACUGCGUGCAUUGUCACGGCCGAGCAGCUAUUCGAGAGGUCGCGCGGCACGCUGCUGGUGCUGAUAGCGGCCCUCAUGCGCUACUAUACAAACUGGUCCACGCGCGACAGGCAGCAACUCCCGCCUCUGUCCAUCAAAGGCAAGCGGACCGGUCUCCCCACCUCGACAGCCGCCGCGCAUGAAGGGAAGAAGCACAGGCUGAACAGUGAGUGGUCGCACCCACCGCACAGCCACCGUGGCUGGCUGGAACAAGUUCAACGCCAGGCACAGUGGAUCGCCCUGUCCUUUAGUGCUCUGCACGAUGCCGUUCGCUUCGCCAAACGCUCGACCAACGUCCUCAGCAUUAUCGAGCAAGAGCGCGUGGCGAGGCUGCUCCAGCGGAUCUCGCUGACAGAGUUCAUGGACAUCCUGUGCCGGUCGCCAGACCACACAAUGCAGAGCUAUGUGGACAUCAUCGGUGUCGUCGAGCGGUACGCACCGUCGCUGGACCUUGUAUUCCAUCAGUACGCCGUGCCCCUGGCGCAGUUGUGUGCCGACAGCGAGGCGGCCAAGAGCACCCCCACUCAGAGCAGGGACGCCAGAGACGACGGCGACGCGUACAUCACGGGCAACACCGUAUGGAAUCUUCUGUGCCUCACUUGUCUUGCCGGCAAGGCGCCGCGCUUCUCUGGAGCGUCCUCGAAGGGAGGCGCGUCCUUGGCGUCGCUAGCGCUGGCCACCCCAUCGCCGCCGCUCCCCGCAACGCUGCAUCGUCCGGCAGUGUUCAGCCUUAUCGAGCAUGCGGCACAGGGUAGCGUCGCGUCCACCGCGAUGCAGAGGUCGCGCGCGUCGAUGCGGAGCUUCAGCGGGGCCACUGCUUCACUUCCAAGGGAAAGGUCCUUUGUCAGCUCACCAGUAAAAGAAAUGUCGUCGCGCACGAAGUUCCCACGGGCGGUGUCGGUGAGCCGCAAGGGUCGCCCCAUCCCCUGCUACGCCCGAGCACUGCGCGAUGACCGCCACGUCGACCUGCGCUCCGACACCGGGGCCGUGUGCGUCAACUACGUGCAGUUUGUGAAGCUCGUCAUUCGUCUUGCGCAUGCAUGGCAGUGCCAGCAGCAGCAGCAGCCGCUGAUGGCGCAAGAAAAGGCGCUGCAUCGUGCGGAGACGGGCGAGGAGGGCGGUCAGCGGGCCACCAGAAGUCUAAUGGACAUGCCAAGCGGCUCCCCACUCACCGGCGCGGCUGCAUCCCCCCUCAGCAGCCUCGCGUCCUCCACCGUCGACAACACCGGCUCUAGCGACCACGUCCGCUACGAAGCCAUCGACUACACGAGUCCGCUCUGCCCCUCGUACUUCAAUACAUUCUUGGGUGGGCUGCUGCUGCCACGUCUGCUGGGCGCGAACCGCUGGAUCGGCGCGGUGCAGUGUGCCUUUAGGAGCAAGCCAGUCCUCGAACUGCUCGCACAGCAUCACGACUCGCUGCUGACGGUGUUCAACACGUACCAGCAGCCAUGCGAAAGCCGAGGCGUUCGUGCGGCACUGCCGCCUCCAUUCUCGACCAUACUGGCCUCACAAGUCUUCACGAAAAACGUCGACACUGAGCAGCACUCAACAGUCUCGCUGAUAAUCGACGGCGGACACAGGCUGAGCCACGUGGAGCAUUCGUCCUUUGUCCACGCCACAAACGGCAACAACCAACCCAGCAGCACGGCCACGGGAGCGUGGCCCACGGGGAGGAAGGAGUCUGGAGAGUUGCCCAUCAGACCAGACCCCAACCAGCGAAGGUACCCCGGAAGCCGGUCGCACCCAGGAUCCGUUUCCGGCGCGCGUGACGUGGGCAUUGUGAGCGUGCUGCGCUGGAAGAAUGUGCAAGGAAUGGCAAAGGACCUCCAGUGGCACCGCGAGGUGCGCCUGACGGAGACUGGGAUACGGCACUGUUUCGACCAUGUCGUGGCCGACAGCGCGCGUGAAGGCGAAGUGCUGUUCUUUGCCGAGUUCCUUCAGCUACUGUGCGCCAUCGCUGCCUACGCCGCACCGGACCCGGCAGUGCCGCUUGAGGCGAAACUCCAUUCCUUUUUUCAAACUCGCGUGCUGACUCUGCUAGAGUAA